UCAAUUUGGAAAGUGUUGUGCAGUCUCCUACAGGUGAAGGUGAUCUUGGAAUGCAGUUGCAUGUUUUUGAAAUAGGUAAUAUCAAGGUUGUUAGCUUUACUGAUGAUCGGACGUGGAAAUUGAGUUCACAUGGAGGUAGGUCUCUGACGGCUGCUGGAAAACCAUAGGUUGAUGUCACACCAAUAGAAGUCAUCAUUGAGUUGGGAGUUGUUGGGGUAUCUAUUGUGGACCACAUGCCAAGAGAGCUCUUUUACGUGUACCUUGACAGAGCCUUUAUAUCAUAUUCUACAGGCUAUGAUGGUGGAACCACCAGCAGGUUCAAGCUCAUACUGGGACAUUUGCAGAUUGACAACCAGCUUCCUUUAACUUUGAUGCCAGUGCUAUUAGCACCUGAGCAGAUGAGUGAUAUUCAUCAUCCUGUAUUUAAGACAACUAUUACAAUGCGAAAUGUGAACUCUGAUGGGAUUCAGGUGUAUCCAUAUGUCUAUAUACGGGUGACUGACAAGUCUUGGAGGCUUAAUGUUCAUGAACCGAUCACCUGGGCAUUAGUUGAUUUCUAUAACAAUCUUCAGCUAGAUCACAUUCCCCAAAGUUCAAGCGUCACACAAGUUGACCCAGAGAUAUGUGUUGACCUGAUAGAUGUUUCGGAAGUAAGGUUGAGAGUUUCUCUUGAGACAGCAGCAGCUCAGAGACCUCAAGGGGUUCUUGGUGUGUGGAUUCCUAUACUUUCUGCUAUUGGAAAUGCCUUCAAAUUUCAGGUGCACCUGAGAAGGGUGAUGCGGAAAGACAGAUUCAUGCGGAGAAGUUCCAUACUUCCUGCAAUUGGAAACCGUAUUUGGAGAGAUUUGAUUCAUAACCCUCUUCAUUAGUAGAUGUACUUGGUAUGACUAGUUCGACCUUGGCUUCUCUGAGUAAAGGAUUUGCUGAGCUUUCAACCGAUGUACAGUUUUUGCAAUUGCGCACAAAUCAGGUGUCAUCAAGGAGAAUCACUGGAGUACGUGAUGGAAUUGUUCAAGGAACAGAAGCUCUUGCACAAGGUGUUGCUUUCGGGGUGUCUGGAAUUGUGAGAAAAGCAGUGGAAAGUACCAGACAGCAGGGUUUUGUGGGACUUGCGCAUGGAAUUGGUCGUGCUUUCUUAGGAUUUAUUGUUCAACCAGUCAGUGGAGCAUUAGAUUUCUUCUCAUUGACCGUUGAUGGAAUUGAAGCUAGUUGUUCCAAAUGUUUGGAGGCUUUGA